UUUGUGAAAUAACACCACGAUUUUUAAUACACAAAAGAUCGAGCACAAAGAAAAAUUUCUUCUACCAUAUGGGACUUUAACCCAUGACGUUAAAGUCCCAUUGGGUCGAUGAAAUCUUUCUGUUUUCGUACUUUGUAUGAAUAAUCAGUUAAGACUAUGACGAUUACAUUAAUUUUAAGGAAGUAUAAAAUAGUUGUCUUAAUGAGUGUUUUUUUCUUUUACCUUGGCUCCUUGUUUACCAUAAGCUUUGUAAGGAUAUCGUGUGUUGAUACCACAAUACCGAUAAGUCGCGAAAAUGAUAACGUGGAAUAUGCAGUGCUCAUACUAAGCAGUCCAAACAAUGACCUUCAAAGAAAUUCAAUACGAACAACUUGGAUGAAAUUAGCAAGCAAUAUAUUCGUAGAGAAUGGAGAAAAAUUAUACAAAUGGCAAUUACAUGAUGGGGCUAUUGUUCCAAAAUUUAUAAAAUUCUACUUCGUUGUGGGCAUUAAAAACUUAAACAGGGAUAAGUUGUUGCAGUUAAAUGUUGAACAAGACCAUUUCAAAGACUUAAUAUUCAUAGAAGGUUUGGAAGAUAGUUAUAAGAAUUUAGCAUCAAAAGUGCUACGUAUUUUGACAUGGUUUAGUACAAAUUUGCCACAAUUGAAGUAUGUGAUAAAAUGUGACGAUGAUUCCUUUGUCAGAGUUGAUUUGAUUGUGAAAGACUUGGAAGCUUUUGCACCGGACAUGUGUUUUUCUGAAUAUGUUAGCUGCAAGGAAUUAGUACCUACCACCAAGGGCCUAUACUGGGGCUAUAUAAACGGGCGUGCUCAUGUCCAUCUGACUGGAAAAUGGCAGGAGCAAGAUUGGUUCCUAUGCGACAAUUAUUUGCCGUACGCUUUGGGCGGAGGCUACGUAAUAUCGAAGAGUAUUGUGGAUUAUAUUGGUCAUAACGUUGAUAUACUGAGCCGCUACCAGGCCGAAGACGUUUCAAUGGGUGUCUGGACAGCCGCUCUCCACAUCGAUAGAGUCCAUGACAGUAGAUUCGACACGGAAUGGAAAUCCCGAGGCUGCACAAACAACAUGUUAGUUCGUCACAAACAAACUCCAAGUGACAUGUUAGCUAUGUAUAAGCGCUUAUCACUAUCUUAUGGCACUCGUUUAUGUGCACCAGAUGAUUUGGAGGGAAAAUUUUAUAAGUAUAAGUGGAAUGUUUUACCUAGUAUGUGUUGCAGAUAGACUUUUGUACACAAUGAUUUGAUAUCAUAAAACUGUCUACCAGGCAUUCUAAGGGCGCCUUCAAAUUAGAGGCGCUGCGCUGGCGCGACAGCCGCGCAGCUUUCAGUAAUUUGUAACCGACUUCAAAAAAGGAGGGAGUUCUUUUUAUGUGCGUAGGUUACGCGAUUACUCCGGCAUUUGUGAAACGAUUUUGAUGAUUCUUUUUUUAUUGGAAAGAAGGUACCUCAGUAUUUCAUUUAAAUUGCAAGAAACUUUAAGGGUGAUAAACUAGGGGAU